AUAUUCCCCGGGUUCUCUUGCCUUCUUCCGUUUCUCGACGUCGAUAACCUGUUCAUCAACGAUCUCAACAUCUCGAUAAUAUGAGACACAAGGCGCGAUCACCUAUGGCUGCGCUUAACGCUCCGAGGUUGUAGAUCUGACCAUGGAGUUCAUCAUCCCUCCAUCUACCCGAUAUGGCCGACGCUUCGAGUCAACUUUCGUCGAGCGCGACGAAGCGACCACGACCCGUGAUAUCUUGCUUAGAAUGCAGGAGGAAGAAACUCAAAUGCGACCGAACGCAUCCAUGUCAACAAUGCAUCAAGAUUGGUCGUCCUGGCCAGUGUGAAUACCAGUCAGGAGUCGAACCGCUGCCCAACAUUGCGUAUGCUCUGGCAAGUCCAGCCAAGAGACAGCGCAUCCAUUCACCUUCAGUAGAAGCUGUGGACAGAGGCAUUACGGUACCGAACGGCUCGCAUGAUCUGCCGGUAUCUUCUGCAGGUAGAGGCGUUAUUGAAGACUUGCAGGAACGAGUGGCCAGGCUUGAGAAUGCCAUUUUGGCAGGAAACACUGCGCGCGAGGAGUCCCAGAAUCCUCACACAGCAGCGCCAAUGUCUCUCGAAGCCAAUGGUACUCAUGCCGAUGAGAGUAACGGCCCUUCGACAUCACAACCACUCAAGUUGAUGUUCAAGGAAGCAUGCCUUUUCAUGUCGCAUUUGCAAGAUACUGCCAUCAAGUCCGAGAUGGCGAGCCUCCGAAAUGAUCUUCAGACCAUACAUUAUUCCGUUGAGAUAAACAACCACAGACUAUGGCACCAGCCGGCACCACCCCAGCUGCUAGAUCAGCAACCUUUUGACCUGCCACCCUUCCACAUCUGCGAAAAAUUGGCUACAUUGUAUUUUGACAAUAUGGAACACUGUUUUCGAGUCUUGCACUACCCGUCGUUCAGGAACCAGCUCAAAAUCCUCUUCACGGAUGGACUCGGGAAGGACGCCUGCAGCUUCGGCUUUCUACCCCAGCUUAUAGGUGUCCUCGCCUUCGCUAUCACAAUCGGAACUCACCCUGAAUGUGUAGCUGCGGCAUCAUGCGCAAUCCUCGAGCCCUCCCGAGCCCUGGACUUCAUGAGCAACUUCCUCAGCAAAGCCCGACCACGGCAAAGAUACACUCUGCCAGUCAUGCAGACCAAGGCGCUCCUGCUAAUCUGCAAGUGGGCGUUCUUGCAACCAAUGGAUGACUUGCUCAGGCUUGGUGGGGAAAUACUUCGCGAUGCUCUUAUCAUGAAAUUGAGCGAAGAUCCUUCCAAGCUCGCCGGGAUUGAUAUCUUCGAAGGCGAGCUACGAAGGCGGCUAUGGAUGAGCAUUGUCGAAACAGACCUCAUGUUAUCACUUAUGUGCAAAAUGCCCUGCAUGGUCCCAGCAUACACCUCAAAGCCUCCACAAAACAUCAACGACGACGAGCUCUACGCAGACAUCGAUUCACUGCCCCAAUCGCGUCCUGUGGAGGAAUGGACAGAUGGGUUAUGUCAAUAUGUCCUCUCUCAAUCCUUUCCUCGUCGGCUAAGCGCAUGCAAAGAAACGGAGGGCACCACGCACGUCAGAUUUGCUGAUAUCCGGCACCAUUUGACAUAUCUGGAAAAGAUCCUGCAAGAGCUUCCAUCUCCCUUGCGAUUCACUUACCAAGGCGACCAAGCGAGCAAAACGCCCCCACGUCUACUUGCGAGAAUGGAGCUGGACUUUAGCAUAAGACGACCCUUGAUGCAUCUUUAUACCUGCGCCGCCACUACGCCUUAUGUGACCGAUAUCCGGUCAGAGUGCAGCGAUGGCUUCGUGCAAUCAUGUCUGAUGAUUACCACUUUCCAAGAUCUUUUCGAUCCCAGGUACUCAGAGAUAGACGUGCCUCAACCUGAAGGGUAUUGGGAUUUCUUUCACAACCUGUACCGAAUGGAAAUGGGUUUGGCUAUCCUUGGUCUAUGCCUUGAGAUCAAAAAGCUUGCUUCUCUCGCUUCGAUGGAUGGCGAACCAUCCCACCCGGGCGGUCCACGGUCGGCAGUAGUCACGAAGACGAGUCUGAUACAUUCGGUCCAGGACACCUUGGAACCGCUGAAGCUCCGUCUGUCUCAUAUGGGUGGGAAUUUCAAAGAUCUCGUCUAUUUCACCAUCGUCGUGACCUCCCUUUUGCCGGAGCAUCCAGGGCAGACUAAGGAGGACGUGAUUCGAGAGAUGUUGCAAGAGCUGGCCCAGGAGUGUCUGAGUCAGUUGCGCAAGGAUGAUGUUCCAAUUGUCGCCUCACCGCAUAACAAUCAUGCUCUGGGAGACUCUGCCUCGGCGGGCAACGGGGCUUUCGCUGGGACGGGAACGUAUGACCCGUCUUGGGCGGACUUCCCGACUCUCGACAUCUUCGAGCCGUUGGACCAGGUUGAUUUGUCGGGUGAUAGUGCAACUUGAAGAAUAAGGGACACUUCACAUCUGAACUGCUUGGGUUUGUUUUCUGCAUGGCGCAAUAUAUAGCAAUCUGACUUGGGUCCGGAGCAAUCCGCACAUCGAUAUGUGGUAUUUUGGUUAUAGCGGAGUGCACAGGUGGAAGGUGGGAUUUGUCAGGACUAAGUAUCUUCAUAGCAUUGCUUUCAAUUCCUGGUAGAGAUCAAACUUUAAAGUGCCUGUUCUAUG